AACAAAUCAUUACAUUCUGUAAUACCUUCCACCAUCCAAUCGCACAAAUUGUUGAACUAAAUUGAAACUAAAGCUCUUUUGGGCCACUGUCCACCAGAUAUACGUACUGUCAAAAAUGUUUCAACGAAAUCCCAGGCGACAUGGUAACGCUCGGCGACGAUCCGCUGCAAACGCAAACGCAAAUCAAGAAAGACCAGUUCAAGGAGAUGAAGAAUGAUCACCUGGAGCUGGAACCGUUUGUGGUGUGUUUGGAUUGCGGCCGAAAGCAACACCAGAUAUGUGUGCUUUAUUUGGAUUCCAUUUGGCCCGGUGGGUUCACUUGUGAUAAUUGCAUGAAAAAGAAGGGUACCAAACGGAAAGAGAAUAAAUUUAACGCAAAACGAAUCCCGACGACUAAGCUCGGUACAUAUAUAGAAACUCGGGUCAACAAUUUCCUGAAGAAGAAAGAGGCUGGUGCCGGCGAGGUGCACAUUCGGGUGGUGUCCAGCUCCGACAAAAUAGUCGAAGUGAAACCGGGAAUGCGAAGUCGGUUCGUCGAGAAUGGGGAGAUGCAGUCAGAGUUUCCGUAUCGUGCGAAAGCGUUGUUUGCUUUCGAAGAAGUCGAUGGAAUCGAUGUGUGUUUCUUCGGCAUGCAUGUUCAGGAAUACGGAUCGGAUUGUCCGGGUCCUAAUACCAGGCGAGUGUACAUAGCCUAUCUCGAUUCGGUACACUUCUUCCGGCCACGACAAUACCGAACGUCGGUGUACCAUGAAAUUCUGCUCGGCUACAUGGAUUACGCCAAGCAGCUGGGUUAUACAAUGGCUCAUAUUUGGGCUUGUCCUCCGUCCGAAGGUGACGAUUACAUCUUCCACUGUCACCCGCCAGAGCAGCGAAUUCCGAAACCAAAACGGCUGCAGGAAUGGUACAAAAAGAUGCUGGAUAAGGGUAUGGUAGAACGAACGAUCCAGGAUUACAAAGACAUUCUGAAGCAGGCUAUGGAAGACAAACUGCAGUCGGCUUCGGAGAUGCCGUACUUCGAGGGUGAUUUCUGGCCCAACGUACUCGAAGAAAGUAUCAAAGAGCUGGACCAGGAAGAGGAGGAAAAGCGCAAACAAGCCGAACGGGAAGAAGCAGCAGCCAAUGCCAUCAUGUCGAUGAACGACGACAGCGACACUGGCGUCGAUGGGAAGAAAAAAGGUGGCCAAAAGAAGGCUAAAAAAUCCAACAAAUCCAAGGCUGCCCAGCGUAAGAACAACAAGAAAUCGAACGAGCAAAUCGGGAACGAUCUAAGCGCCAAAAUUUUUGCCACCAUGGAAAAGCACAAAGAGGUGUUCUUCGUGAUCCGGCUGCAUUCGGCUCAGUCGGCUGCGAGCUUAGCGCCUAUCCAAGAUCCGGAUCCACUUAUCAACUGCGAUCUGAUGGAUGGUCGCGAUGCCUUCCUCACGAUGGCACGUGAUAAGCACUUUGAGUUUUCGUCGUUGCGACGAGCCCAGUUCAGUACACUCUGCAUGUUGUAUGAGCUGCACAACCAAGGACAGGACAAGUUCGUCUACACGUGCAAUAACUGUAAAAACCAUGUUGAAACCCGAUACCAUUGUACCGUUUGCGACGACUACGAUCUGUGUCUUACGUGCAAGGAAAAGGUCGGCCAUCCUCAUCGGAUGGAGAAGCUCGGGUUCGAUCUGGACGAUGGGUCAUCGCCGAACGACGUCAAACAAACGAAUCCACAGGAGGCUCGCAAGCAGUCGAUUCAGCGCUGCAUUCAAUCGCUGGUACACGCUUGUCAGUGUCGAGAUGCCAACUGUCGGUUGCCAAGCUGUCAGAAGAUGAAACGAGUGGUGCAGCACACGAAGCACUGCAAACGAAAAACGCAUGGUGGUUGUCCGAUUUGCAAGCAGCUUAUUGCGCUCUGUUGCUACCACGCCAAGCAUUGCCAGGAGGCGAAGUGCCUGGUGCCUUUCUGCCCGAACAUCAAGCACAAGCUGAAGCAGCAACAGCUACAGCAAAGGCUACAACAACAGCAACUAAUGCGACGUCGUAUGGCAGUGAUGAAUACACGAGGUGUAGCUCCGGCAGCUCCACUGACCCCAAGUGGGCCAAGUUCUGCCGGUCCCGGUGGUUCUGGAGGUCUAAGUCCAGGUGGUCCGAACAGUAUGGGAGGAUCAGGUCCAGGAGGAGGUUCUGGCCCAGCAGGAAUGGUGGGCGGUUCGGUGGUCGGAAUGGGCGGUCCAGGUGGUAUGGGUCCAGCUGGAGGUGCCGGUCCUGGGUCAAGCGGUAUGAUGGGCCCUGGAAGUGCCGGUGGAAUGGGAGCUGCAGGAGGAAUGAGUCCUUCUGCCGCACCUAGCCCAGUGUCCCAGAUGGGAAGCAUGGGUAGUCCACACCCUCCGGCAAUGGGCUUGAAACCGGAAUCGCAAGCUCCGCCACCGAACGUGAUGCAAGCGUUGAAACAGGUGCAGGAGGAAGCAGCCCGACAACAAGCGCCGCAUGCUAGCUUCGGAAAGGGAGGUCAAAUGCCACCACCAGUGAUGCAACGUGCGAUGGCGACAGGUGGUCCGAUGGGUGGAGUAGGCGGUGUCGGUGGAGUCGGUGGCAUGGGCGGACUCAAUCAGCAACAAGUGUCAGCAGGCGUGGGAGUCGGCGGAGUUCCGAUGGGGGCUGGCGGUCCCGUUGGAGGAGCUGGACAAAAUGUCAUGAGUCAAAUGGAUCAGUGGGGUAAUCCGCGAUAUGCUAACGCCGGUGGUCAACAGGGUGCGCCUGGUAUGCGGCCAAAUUUGCCCGGAAUGAUGCAGGGACAGCAGCAACCACAGCAACAGAAUCCUAUGCAAGGCGGCAUGAUGGGCGCCGUCGGUGCUGGCCAAAUGGGAAUGGGUGGCAUGCGACCCGGCCCCGGUGGUGUCUGCAUACAAGGGCCAGCAGGAAUGGUGGCCAAUGCCCAACAGGUAGGCGGUCAACAACAAGGACAACCAUCUCAGUUGCCCACGAACCAGCCGAAGGCGGCAAUCGCACAGCUGAUGGCCACGUUGAAAAAUCCGCAGGCUGGACCAGAGCAGCAACAACAACUGUUGUCUAUACUGAAGGCAAAUCCGCAACUUAUGGCUGCUUUCAUCAAACAACGACAGCAAAUGGCCCAGAACCAGCACAACCAAAAUCAAGGUGGUCAAGCUGGUGGAAUGCCUCAGCAACAGCAGCAACAACAACAGCAACAACAGCAGCAGCAGCCGCAUAACGUAAUGCAACAGCAUGCCGGAGGAGUUGUUGGAGGUGGCGUGCAAGGACAACAGGGUGGUCCCGGACAAGGUCCUGCUGGAAUGGGUUAUAAUCCUGCUGCCGGUGGAGGUCCAAUGGUACCGAAUCGAAUGCAAGGUGUUCAGGGAAUGGCCGGAGGUGGCAAACCGGGUGGUGGAAAUCCCCAGAUGCAACUACCGAUACAGCAACAAAUUUGGUACAAACAGCAGCAACAACAGCAACAGCAGCAGCAGCAACAAAUGUUACUGCAAAGGCAACUUGCGAUGACCGGUGGAAACAUGCAACCCGCACCGCCGUAUCAACAACGACCCAGGCCUCAGCAGCAGAUGGGCGUUGGAGGUUAUGGUCAAGGUGGAAUGUUUCCCGACCAACAACAGUACAUGCAACAAGGAAUGAAACCAAACCCACAGCAGCAAGGACCCGGCGGACCAGGAGUAGGAGUUAACGUCCUUUCUCAGCAGCUGCAACAAGGUCCCGGAGGUCCGGGCGGUCCAGGUGGGGUAAUGGGUCCUCCUACGCCACAGCACGCAAUGCAACAACAGUUGAUGCAAACAGUGCGAUCACCUCCUCCCAUUCGAUCUCCUCAACCACAGCCAUCGCCUCGAGCGGUUCCGUCCCCUCGAGCGCAGCCAUCCGCAUCUCCGCGGGCACAACCUUCACCACACCAUAUGCCUUCUCAUUCGCCAGCGCCUUCCGGCCCUGGUGGAGAUAUGCACAACCACAUGCAUCCGCAUCAAUCUCCGGUCGGCGUUGGAGUCGGUGUUGGUGUGCCUGGAGGUGCUGGCGGUCCAGUCGGUCCUGGAGACCCGAACCAGAUGGGUGGAGUACCCGGAGGACCCAACGAUACCAGCCCACUCACCGCUCAGGAUCAGCUCACCAAAUUCGUCGAACAGUUGUAGUAGUAUCAUGUGUACUAGUACUAGGAACCAAGUAACACACUCUCUCUAAAUUUUAAAUAAUGUGGAUUAAGUAUUCCCUACUAAAAAAUAGAAAACACGUUGAGACGAAACACAAAAGCCUUAUUAACUAUCUUAGAGAACGAAGAAAGCAACAAAAAGAUUGAAUAAGCAUAUAAAAUGUAAGCACUGUGUAUAGGCAAAAAGACAUACUCUAAAUGUACAUAGAAAAAAAACUGUCUCCUGGCAUAAAGUUGUGCAUACUUUUUCCACCCAAAUAGGCUAGCCUUUUUCAAUCCAUAAAGAAAAUGUAAAAAGUUUAACGCGUGAGACAGUUGAAGGAAAACAACAACGCCGAUACCAUUUUUAUCUGUUGUAACGAAACCAAUACUAAUCAUUAGGUACUGACUAAAGGUCUGCUCUGUGCAGCACUCCAAUUGAAAGUUUAAGUAUUUAUUGAAUCACAAAACUAGAAACAAGUUUUAUGUAAGCUACAUAAAACCUCACAACACAUACUCCAUACACACUUGUCCAAUAGUUUUCACCACCAUGUGUGUGAAGCAGCACACAGCUUAAUAUUUUACACAAGAUAACACUCCUUUAUCCCGUUGAUAAAACAAAACGGAAUUCUCUUACUUUUAUUUUAUUUUUUUGUUUCUGACCAACGUAUGCCACAAAAAGGACUAACUGUAAAUUAGAUGUAAUUUUAAUAGAAAAAUGAUAAAAAAAAACACAAAAACAAUGAACGAUCGUGUGAUGAUUUGUGCGUAUGUAGCAAAUGAUUUCUAAACGGUUAAAAUGGAAAAACAAAAUUGUAAACUUUUACUUCUUUCACAUUUAUGGUAACACAACCAUCCGUAACUUUACUAUAUGACACACAAUCAAUCAGAAGAUCAAUGUGCUGUUUUUUUCUUAGAAAAAAAAAUGUGUUCUGGAUAUAUUGUGCGUAAAAAUAGACGAACAAAGUUGCGAUCUCUUAAUUCAAGAAUGGGAUUUAUGUUAGUUCCCUGCUGCGUGGAUAUCGCACAUAACGGACAUACUGUUGAUGUGAAAUGUUUGUAAAUAUGUAUAGAAAUGUACUACAUGGGAAAAUAUGUGAAUGUUAGGCAAAAAAAAAAUAGAAUAGAAAAACUAUCAAAACAAAAAACUGCGAAAAUUUAUUUAUAAAGUUUGGCGAUAUUCAUGAUAACUUACUGUUUUAUCCGCCAAAAAUCUUGAAAAUUUGUUGAGUUUAAACGAAAAAAAAAAUCAUUGGGUAAUAUUGUCACGCAAAACUGAUUGAACAAUCUAAACAAUUCUUUUGAGGAACUUCAUACCUACAAUGCUUCAAGCUCACUGUAUUUUUUCAUUUCGACAUUCGUUUUUUGAUGUUCUAAAAAGACGCUUUUCCCGUGUCUAGGAUUUGAAAAUUCAACUUCGUUUAAAGAUGAUUAAGUAUAACCCACGCCAAAUGGUUUUCAAUUUUAAGAGUUCUUUACAUUAGUAUGCAAAUUUUGACAGACAGAUAAUUGAAGAAAAACUACUCAUUUCAGAUUUGAAUCAAGGGCUGUGUUUAGAUAAAACCUACAAUAAUAUGUAGGCACAUUGAGUAGUAUCCAAACUUUUAUUUUUGUUUACAUAUUGUGAAUUUUUAAAAAGCGUUAAAUUUACCCAAAAGCAGUUAAAACUAUCAGUUGUAAAUAAUUUUAUAAUUACCUUCGUACACUUAUAGGUUGGUUUUGUUUUUGGGUUUGGAUUUUCUAAAACAUGUAUAAAAAGCUUAAAAAUUCUACAUUUUCUAAACUUUAUUAAACAAAUGUGUACAGUAGCGAAACAACGUCAAAAAAUGAUAAAAAAUAGAACACUGUAAUCAACUGCAAAAAUUUUCAGUUAAUUUUCAACGAAAGUAGAAAUUUCUAAGAUCUCUUCUUCAUGUAAGUUGUGAUUGAGGGUUGAUUAGUGUGCGUUUUUGGUAAUCCAGAAACCAACUGUCGUAAAGUAUGUCACUAGUAGCAAGUGAUUUUACUUUUUCCCGAGAGUGAAUCUCCAGAGCACAGGAGGUAGCUAGUGUCCCACUUUCGGAGAGUGGCUUUUCCGAUGGUGGGAUGCUUAUAAUCCGAAUCGUUCGUUCAAAGCAGCGAUGAGAUUUUCAAAUUGAAAAUGUUAAGUAUGGUUAUUCAAGGAAGUUAAAAGUAAAACAGCAAAAAUAAAACAGCUGUUUUCCCAUCUUUGAGAUGUAGCUACUAAGAGUCACUAGGUAUCGUUUUUCGUACGUGCAAAAUUUGCUAAAAUAUGUUACACAGAAAAUGCGAAACUAGUACAUGCGAAAAAAGUUAAAGUUGAAACAGAUCAUAAAGUAUUAAUAUAUUUAAUUAGUUUUAGUUAAUUUUUCCAUGCACCUACAAACGAAGGUAGGGAAACAAAAAAAAUCUGGUAAAACAGUAAAGGAACCUGGCGUUCAAAGUCCAAUUUUAAUAAAAGUCAUUUGCGUUUGUUUCUAUGUUAUAUCUUUUUUUUCUGUUUCUCGGCAAGUUUGUGUGUGGGAAGAUCGAAAUGUGUUGAAAAAAAAUCGCAUGGAGGAUAUUUAAUCACGUAAAACAGAGAAAGAACUAAUAAUCUACAUUAUAUCAAAAUCCAAGAAGAGAACAAAAAACUGAUUUUAGUUCAUUUUUUUCUACUAGUAGAUGUUAAGGCCGUGUGGAGCAGACACACUAAAAAAAACAACAGCAAUGAUGUAUAGUUAAUACGAGUAAAAUAGAAAGGAAAGGCUUAAUAAUUUAGAUAAAAUUAACGUCGAAUGGAAUCAAACUGUGUCGCAUUGAUAGUUGACUUGUAAUCAGGUUUGGAUUUUUGUUUGAACUUAAACUUGAACAAAACAAUCGCCACCACACUCAUUUAGGAAUCAUACCGAAUUAGUUUUGUAAAGAUGAGAACUAAUUUUAAAGCGCGUCGUAUUGUAAAAAAAGUGAGGAGUACUACAACAGUGAAAUACACAAGCAAAACGAAGGUUACUAAGUUUCGUGUUUGUCUUUAAUUUAUUUUAGACUUAAAUGUGAAAAAAAGAAAAAAACGGGAAUCAUAAACCCAAAAAUGAUGUGUUUAAUUGUAGAUUGGAAAAAAACAUAGAAAAUUACACAAAUUCAACAUUGAAAAACACAUUAACAAACUCACUUAUACGAUUUGUCUGUUAGUCCUGCUAAAUUUAACAAAAACUACAUUAAUACAGUGAUCCGUUUCUACUUGUGAAUAGUAUAGGUAAAAAUAGAAAUGAUCUAUUGUGGAUUAAAAAACACUCACUAACACAUAUGAAAAAGCUAGAAUAUAAAAAUA